AUGGAAAUCGAACCUACUACUGAACAGCAUGAAAUUGACGAGGGGCUUUAUUCUCGACAACUUUAUGUACUUGGGCACGAGGCCAUGCGAAAAAUGGGAAGUUCUAAUAUCCUUAUCGUUGGUCUCAAAGGACUUGGGGUUGAAAUUGCAAAAAAUAUCGUACUUGCUGGUGUAAAGAGUGUCACUCUCUAUGAUCCCGAGACAGUCAAAAUAGCUGAUUUAGCGACUCAGUUUUUCCUUUGUGAAGAAGAUAUAGGAAAAUCCCGAGAUUCGGUAACUGCGCCACGAUUGGCAGAACUUAAUCAAUAUGUACCUGUAUCUAUAUUGAAGGGUGAAUUGACAAAUGAUAAAAUAAGGAAUUAUCAAGUUAUUGUACUUACAGAAACUCCAUUGACAAAGCAAUUGGAAAUUAAUGAUUUUACUCAUGCUAAUGGAAUACAUUUUAUUUCAACCGAUGUGCGCGAAAAUUUCGUUAUUUCCGAUGUUACCGGCGAAAAUUCCUUAUCAGGUAUGAUCGCAGCAAUUUCUAAAGAAGAAGAUGGUAUCGUCACUUGCUUAGAUGAUACACGACAUGGUUUGGAAGAUGGGGAAUACGUGACUUUCACCGAGAUAAAGGGUAUGGAAGAAUUGAAUGAUAGUGAACCAAGAAAAAUUAAAAUAAUUGGUCCGUAUUCCUUUAGUAUUGGUGAUACUUCAAAUUUUGGGAAUUAUAUUACUGGAGGAAUUUUCACACAAGUUAAACAACCAAAAACGCUUCCAUUUGUAAAAUCUUUGACAAAACCGGAAUUUUUAGUUUCAGAUUAUGGGAAAUUCAAUCGACCCGGUCAAUUGCAUCUUGGUUUUCAAGCGUUACAAUCAUUUGUUGGAAAACAUGGUUCAUUUCCCCGUCCACAUCAUGAAGGUGAUGCCGAAGAAAUUCUUCAAUUAACUAAAGAUUUUAAUGAGCAAUGUGAGGAAAAGACGGAAAUUGAUGAUAAAAUUAUUAAACAACUUGCUUAUGGUGCUGCCGGUGAUUUGUCACCAAUGGUAGCAGUUAUUGGUGGUUUGGUUGCUCAAGAAGUACUUAAAGCUUGUAGUGGAAAAUUUCAUCCCAUUCAUCAAUUCUUUUAUUUCGAUUCAUUGGAAUCUCUUCCGGAUAAUCUUCCACAAAAUCCGGAAGAAUAUGCUCCAUGUAAUUCUCGAUACGAUGGCCAAAUAGCUGUUUUUGGUAAACAAUUUCAAGAUAAUAUUUCUAAUUUCAGGCAAUUCUUGGUUGGUGCCGGUGCUAUUGGUUGUGAGAUGUUAAAGAAUUGGGCCAUGAUGGGAUUGGGUACUGGUUCUAGAGGAAUUAUUCAUAUUACUGAUAUGGACACAAUUGAAAAGAGUAAUUUAAAUCGACAAUUCUUGUUCCGUCCUCUUGAUGUUGGAAAAUUGAAAUCAGAAUGUGCCGCAUCUGCUAUUGCUAAAAUGAAUCCUCACACUGUAAGCAAAAUCAAUGUAUAUCAAGAUCGUGUUGGUCCUGAAACAGAAAACGUAUUUAAUGAUGAUUUCUUUGAAUCUUUGGAUUGUGUUACUAAUGCUUUAGACAACGUUGAUGCUCGAAAAUACAUGGAUAGACGUUGUGUCUACUUUAGAAAACCUUUAUUAGAAUCAGGAACUUUAGGCACCAAGGGUAACACUCAAGUAGUUAUUCCUUACCUCACGGAAUCUUAUUCAUCAUCACAAGAUCCUCCCGAAAAAUCAAUUCCCAUUUGUACUUUAAAAAAUUUUCCCAAUGCCAUCGAACAUACCAUUCAAUGGGCUCGAGAUUUAUUUGAAGGAUUAUUUAAGAUACCCUCGGAAAAUGUAAAUCUUUACUUAAGUCAACCGAAUUUUGUGGAAUCCACCAUAAAACAAGGUGGUAACGCGAAAGAAGUAUUGGAGAAUAUUUCAAAUAGUCUUGUGGCUGAUAAACCAUAUAGUUUUGACCAUUGCGUUAAAUGGGCACGAUUCAAAUUUGAAGAACAUUAUAAUAAUAAUAUUCAACAAUUGCUUUUUAACUUUCCGAAAGAUUCUAUCACAUCAUCGGGUACACCGUUUUGGUCCGGUCCCAAAAGAGCACCUGACCCAAUUGUUUUUGAUCCUGAAAACGAAAUUCAUUUAGAAUUUAUUAUAACAGCAGCAAAUUUACACGCAUUUAAUUAUGGUGAAUCUAAUAUUGAUUAUGUGAAGAAGAUUUUAAAAGAAGUCAGUGUACCCAAAUUUAUUCCAAAAUCAGGUGUCAAAAUUCAAGUACAAGAGAAUGAAACUAUUCAACAAAAUACUGAUGAAUCUGAAUUACGAAAAAUUGUUCAUUCUUUACCUGAACCAUCAUCAAUUCCUGGAUAUCGAUUAAAUCCUGUUGUAUUUGAAAAAGAUGAUGAUACAAAUUAUCAUAUUGAUUUUAUUACUGCCGCUUCUAAUUUAAGAGCCAUGAAUUAUGGAAUUCAAUGCGCUGAUCGUCAUAAGACCAAAUUUAUUGCUGGAAAGAUUAUACCUGCCAUAGCUACCACUACAGCAUUAAUAACUGGUUUGGUAUGUUUGGAAUUAUAUAAAAUAAUUGGAAAUAAGAAAACAUUGGAAGAUUAUAGAAAUGGAUUUGUAAAUCUUGCUCUACCAUUCUUUGGAUUCUCAGAACCUGUUGCUAUGCCAAAAGCCAAGUAUCAUGAAAGUGAAUGGAGUUUGUGGGAUCGUUUCGAUAUUGAAGGAGAUCUUACCCUUCAAGAAUUUUUGAAUUAUUUCGCAAACAAUCAUGAGUUAGAAGUGACAAUGUUGUCAUGUGGAGUUUCCAUGUUAUAUUCAUUCUUUUUACAAGGAAAGAGAAGAGAAGAACGUAAAAACAUGAAAUUAUCUCAGUUAGUAGAAACGGUUUCCAAAAAACCAAUUCCACCGCAUGUCAAAGCACUCACUUUAGAAAUGUGUGUAAAUGAUCGUAAUGGAGAAGAUGUUGAGGUUCCAUAUGUACGCCUUGUUAUCAGAUAA